AUGGCAGUGGUAGAGAUUGUCUUCUCGGAUGAUCUAGAUACUGUAAAUCCAGACUUGGUACCAUGUACAUCUGUGAUGUGGCGAAAACUUGUAAGACUUGGGCCAGAUGAAUAUGCUUCUGCUGUAGCAAUAAUGAAGCAAGAUGACGGUGGGGAGACUGUGCUUGAUAUGACAAAGAAGCUCCGAGCAUAUGCAGAUGCUGUACAUGGCCCAACACACAUGAGAAUUGCAGCAGUAGAAGCACAAGUGCAGAAACUAGGAAAAAAUAUAGAGAACAAGAUAGAGGAGAUUAAAGAGGACCUUCUUAAAAUUUCUGCAGUACAGAUCAGAGGUCCUGGAAUGAAACGGAAGUGGAAAGCAGCCGUAUGGAGUCCCACACGACGAGUUGCGGAAGCUACUGAAGGGGAAGGUGGAUCGAGUGAAUUUGCUGAACUCAAAGCGGUUCAACUGGCCCUGGACAUUGCUGAAAGGGAGAAGUGGCCAAAACUCUACCUCUACACUGAUUCAUGGAUGGUAGCCAAUGCUCUGUGGGGGUGGCUGGAGAGGUGGAAGAAAGCUAACUGGCAGCGUAGAGGAAAACCAAUUUGGGCUGCUGAUGAGUGGAAAAACAUUGCCACCAGGGUAGAGAAGCUACCGGUGAAAGUUCGUCAUGUAGAUGCCCAUGUCCCCAAGAGCAGAGCCAAUGAGGAACACCAAAACAACCAGCAAGUAGAUCGGGCUGCAAAGAUAGGGGUAUCAAAGAUAGACUUGGAUUGGCAACACAAAGGGGAAUUGUUCUUGGCACGAUGGGCCCAUGAUGCCUCAGGCCAUCAGGGUAGAGAUGCCACUUUUAAGUGGGCACGAGAUCGAGGGGUGGAUCUAACCAUGGACAGUAUAUCUCAGGUAAUCCACGACUGUGAGACAUGUGCUACCAUCAAACAGGCCAAGCGGGUAAAGCCCCUGUGGUAUGGUGGGCGGUGGUCCAAGUACAAGUAUGGGGAGGCCUGGCAGAUUGACUACAUCACACUGCCCCAGACACGCCACGGCAAGCGUUAUGUGCUCACAAUGGUAGAAGCCACCACGGGAUGGUUGGAAACCUAUCCUGUGCCUCAUGCUACGGCCCGUAACACCAUCCUAGGCCUUGAAAAGCAAAUUCUUUGGAGGCAUGGUACCCCUGAGAGGAUUGAGUCCGACAAUGGAACUCAUUUCAAGAACAGCCUUAUCAACACUUGGGCUAGGGAACAUGGUAUUGAGUGGGUGUACCAUAUUCCCUACCAUGCACCAGCUGCAGGAAAAGUAGAGAGGGACCAGGUUGUACAUGGUGGAUAAUGCAGAGAGAUGGAAGAACACGAUGUGUACCUCAGGGAGAUCUGAUUGUUGGGUGAGAACUAUGUAUAAAUAUCACUGUUUGCUGAAUACUGCUGCCAUUGUCUGUGUAUAGUUGUAUAUUAGAUGUAUAAUGUAUCUAUUUAUAGGGUUUGAAUAUAUAUAUUAGUUUUAGUAGUAAGCUGACGAUAUGGGGAUAAGGGGUGGAAUGUCCUAGGGUGGCUGUAUGAUGCCUUUAUCCCCAAUCGUCUGCCCUGUUUAUGUUGAAGUCUUGUUCCAAGAGUGAAAGGAGGAGGGAAGAAGCUCAGGGUUUGUUUUCAAAAACUCACUCCCUCCUCCACAUUCCUGCUCCGGGACGGUGUUAUCUGCGGACGGACGGACAGCGAGACAGAGCUCU